CCUGUGUUUGUUAUUUUCUUUCUCGGAAGUUAGGAAAGUUUUAACUCAGGAGUUCUUACAGUUCAGACUAGCUAGCUCACUGUCCUGACCUUAUAUUUAAAGGUUGGCCACUACUAUUCAUAAUUCAGUUCCUGAGAUGACCGCCACCAUGCUCGCUUCAGUUCUCAAGUUAGCCGCCACCAUGCUCGAUUUAUUCCCUGGGGUGGUUGCCACCUUUCACGAGCUUGUUCCCGAGACGGUCGAAUCUUCUGAGUCGGUUCCCGAGACGGUCGAAUCCUCUGAGUCGGUUCCUGAGACAGUCAAAUCUUCUGAGUCGGUUCCCGAGAUGGUCGAAUCUUCUGAGUCGGUUCCCGAGACGGUCGAAUCUUCUGAGUCGGUUCCCGAGACGGUCGAAUCUUCUGAGUCGGUUCCCGAGACGGUCGAAUCUUCUGAGUCGGUUCCCGAGAUGGUCGAAUCUUCUGAGUCGGUUCCCGAGACGGUCGAAUCUUCUGAGUUGGUUCCCGAGAUGGUCGAAUCGUCAGACGAAGGCUCUGCCUGGAUCAAGAUGGUCGGUCCUGUUCUGUCAGAUCCGUCCUGGCCACCCGAUCUACCAGCUCCACCCUGGCUCCACCACUUCGCUACAUUAACAAUAAGGGUAGGCCAAGACCAUGAGAACCAAUAAGCAGAAUACGUCAUUUUAGAUAUGAGAAAAGAUUCAGCUGCACUUUUGCUACAUCAAACAAGUAAGUAAAUUGUGGCAUGCAGAGACCAAUUAGAAGAGUAUACGUCAUCUCAGAUAAGAAGUGCUUGAUCUUAUUGUAUAAAAAUUUAGUCAGAUGUUGGGAGGGCAGAUGAUCUUUGACCACCUCUUUGAGGGGUGUUGAUUGUCUCACUUUGUUGGCUCAAGCAAAUAAAGUAAUUUUUGUUUGGCACCUGGAACCUUUGUCUCCUGAGUAUUUUUCUUAUGAAGAUUCAAACUAAGACUAUUUACCACUACAGUCGUGGCCUAUGCCAGCAAAGCACUCAGUGGUGUAGAUAUUAAGUUCUCAGACACAGUGUGGGCGAAUGAACAUUUUCGUAGCUAUACUGGUGGACAAAAAUCACAAUUCAAACUUGUGAUCAGCCUGUUCAGUUCCUUAAUAGUCAAAGACUCAGAGAUGAUAGAGUCUCAAAUAGUUGUAUUGCAACAUGGAUGAUGUCGUUACAGGGCUAUGAGGUGGAGGUUAGGUAUUCCCAAAACAACAGGAUGGCACUAUGCCAAGGCCUGGCGGCAUACCAGCAUUGUAGUGAUGAAGAGUACAAUUCAGAAAGCAGUACAGUGACUACUGUAACCCCAAUGACAUCAGACCAUCAGUUUUAUGAUGAAAACGUCUGUACGGGUCUUCCAAAGGCUUACAUUGAUGGAUGCUCAUAUCGGCAUGAAGAGCAGGUACAAAUUGGAGUGGGGAUGGUCUUGGAAAAGGUGUAGCCAAGAGUGCUCCAGACCUACCUUUCGAACGUAUGACUUACAGGGAUACGUAACAGAGAAUGUUUCGGGAAACACAUAUUACGCACAUGCAAUUUGUAUGGCAACCUUCUUGCGGGCUACCAAUUUUAAUAACAAUCCGCAGUGUCACGUGAAAACUCAGAUCUUGCACGUGCAACCUUGCGUUGUUUCGUUGUCACUUCUCGCAUGCAUUUAGCUGUGAAACGUAGUCUGCGGACCGGGACAAAGUUGUCGGCGAUUCUUCCUAUGGUAAAGUCAAGCAGUGUGAAACCCCCUGUCGCCGAUCCGUUGUGCAGUGUGAAAACAGCAGCGACUGAACGCUACCCCGGA